AUGCCGGGGCUGUUUACAUGUGGCCACUUUGUGAAGCCCUUGUGGAAGUGUGUACUCUGCUCCCAUACAGGGUCACGACUCUCACCACCCUUCCUGCAGCUUGAGCUCCAGAAGUGCAGAGUUUUAUAUUGUCCUAUGCCUCUUUUUCAGCCUAACUGUUCCAUGGCUUCAAGUGCUGUCAGGCACGAAUCCUUGGCUACCCGCUGCUGUACUUUAAACACCUCAUGGCAGGAAGUGCUCUCUUCCUCUGUCUUGCAGGGCAAUUGGGCACCUGUUGUGAGGGUAACUUGUCACCUGAGCAAUGGCUCUGCACCUCUUGGCCAACAGCUGAUCCAGUCCUGUGGUGUUGCUCAGGCAACAGGUUUGGGCAGUUCUGCUGGCCCAUCAGUGAGGACCCUUUUUUUUUUUUGGUUUUGCGUCCUGCUAGGAAUUUGUCAGCCAGGUGGAACUCUGGAAGAGGGUGGGGGGCAUUCACAGUUUGAACAAGAAACAAUACGAUUCUAUUGUCAGUGCCCCGACCCCUGA